UGCUGUUUUCCUUCUCCCAGAUUUUAUCUUCCAGAAGGAGCUGUUUGCUGUGAGAGACACAGAUCCCAUGCACAACUUCUCUGCUCAUCCCUGGCAGGCAAAGAUGGCCAACCUGACCUAUGACAACUUCACCCUGGGCAACCACUCCGAGGUGGCCGUGCAGCCUCCCACCAACUACAAGACCGUGGAGCUGGUAUUCAUUGCCACUGUCACCGGCUCGCUCAGCCUUGUCACCGUGGUGGGGAACAUCCUGGUGAUGCUCUCCAUCAAGGUGAACCGCCAGCUCCAGACUGUCAACAACUAUUUCCUCUUCAGCCUGGCCUGCGCAGACCUCAUCAUCGGGGUCUUCUCCAUGAACCUCUACACGGUGUACAUCAUCAAAGGCUACUGGCCACUGGGGGCCGUGGUGUGCGACCUGUGGCUGGCUCUGGACUAUGUGGUGAGCAACGCCUCUGUCAUGAACCUGCUCAUCAUCAGCUUUGACCGGUACUUCUGUGUCACCAAGCCCCUGACGUACCCGGCCAGGAGGACCACCAAGAUGGCAGGGCUAAUGAUCGCGGCCGCAUGGAUAUUGUCCUUCGUCCUCUGGGCCCCUGCCAUCUUGUUCUGGCAGUUCGUUGUGGGCAAGAGGACAGUCCCCGAGAGGGAAUGCUACAUCCAGUUCCUCUCCAACCCAGCGGUGACGUUUGGCACAGCCAUUGCUGCUUUCUACCUGCCCGUGGUCAUCAUGACGGUGCUGUACAUCCACAUCUCCCUGGCCAGCAGAAGCAGGGUAAGGAGGCACAAGCCUGAGAGCAGGAAAGAGAGGAAAGCCAAGUCCCUCAGAUUCCUCAAGGGCCCCAUGGUCAAACAGAACAACAAUAACUCUCCCAAGAGGGCCGUGGAGGUGAAGGAGGAGGUGAGGAACGGGAAAGUGGAUGACCAGCCAUCUGCACAGACAGAGGCCACUGGCCAUCAGGAGGAGAAGGAGACAUCCAAUGAGUCCAGCACUGUCAGCAUGACCCAGACCACAAAAGACAAGCCCACAGCAGAAAUCUUGCCAGCAGGGCAAGGACAGAGUCCCGCCAACCCCCGGGUGAACCCAACUUCCAAGUGGUCCAAGAUUAAGAUUGUCACCAAGCAGACUGGGACUGAAUGUGUCACCGCCAUUGAGAUCGUCCCAGCUAAGUCAGGUGCCUCUAACCACAACUCCCUAGCCAACAGCCGCCCAGUCAAUGUUGCCAGGAAGUUUGCCAGCAUCGCCAGGAGCCAGGUACGGAAGAAGCGCCAGAUGGCUGCCCGAGAGAAGAAAGUCACCCGCACCAUAUUUGCCAUCCUGCUGGCCUUCAUCCUCACGUGGACGCCCUACAACGUGAUGGUCCUCAUUAACACCUUCUGUGAGACCUGUGUGCCCGAAACUGUGUGGUCCAUCGGCUACUGGCUCUGCUACGUCAACAGCACCAUCAACCCGGCCUGCUAUGCCCUCUGCAAUGCCACUUUCAAGAAAACCUUCAAGCACCUUCUCAUGUGCCAGUACAGGAACAUCGGCACAGCCAGAUAAACUGGUACUCAGGGACCACUUCAGUAACGUUAUGGAAGCUCUUCCCUUUGCCUCCUUUGCCAGCAGGGGUUCUUCUGCUCCCCACUCACAACAGUGCUGACUGUGCAGUGAUUGCAGAUGAUGCCCUUCAUCCAACGCUGACAAAAAUCCAAGGCAUCUCUGAGCUGCAGGGCCCUCCAGUCACCCUGGGCCUGGGGACUAGCUCGGGGAGCCACCAGGAAAGCCAGAGGCAAGAGGAGAUGUGGUCACCAGGACCAGCUCUAUGCUCUUGAGAUUGGCCAAAUGGCAUCAGUGUUUCUCCUAAGACUGGAUAUACCUUUUUCCCCAGCUGACGGUCUCCAAGGCGUCAGAGCUUGUCUGCAUGCAGAUGGGCUAAUGCUGGGUGCUUUCCAUUGGCUUCUAAAGUGUUUAUUACCCAAGAAAUGAAAAGAAACCAGGGUCAAACAUUUGCUAGACAUCUUGGACCAGGCUGGCUCAGGCAUGCUAACGGAGAGUCCUGCUGGCCCAGCCAGGCCCUCUGUGAAGGCAGUCAAGAUUGGACCCUAACAGAUGUGGCAAGCUGCUUCCUUUCCCUUGAGAGUGCCAUUGGACAUCCUCACCCAGGGACCUGGGGCAGAAUUUUUCCCUGGGCUCUGGCUCUGUUCUGCCCUUCAUGCCCUUUCUGCCCUCAGACAGCAAUUUGCUGGAAAAACAGACAGCUAAACCAAACAUUUCACUCCUGGAUGAGGAGUGUGAAACCCAAUUCCCUCCAACAACAAUGGAAACUAAAACUGCAAAGAAAAGCAGUGGUGUGGUGCAGGACUUCGCUCCACAGCCCAGGGGGAAUGGGGCCCCUGAGAAGUGGGCAGCAAUGACUGUGAAAAUUACUGUCCUUGGGAGGGACAGGGGGAACCUGGGGGUCUCAGAAGAGGGUCUGCAAUGUGGCCAAGGUGCCCCGUGCUCCAUCUGGGCCAUGAGCAGGUCCCCGCUCUCCCCACAGUGAUGUGGGAAGCUGAUGCAUGGCUCUGGAGGCAGGAGAGGGUGACAGUGGCCUCCAGCCCUGCUCCUGCCCUGAGUGCAGGGGGCUCCUCCAGGGAGGCUGAAGGAGGUGUUUGCUGAGCUUUGUAAAUGGAUGCAAUGCUGUCCUGGGUGCUGCAGCAGAGCCCUCAGCAUGCGGGCUUCAGCCAGCGCCUCCAGCCUCCUCCCAGCCCACCGGGUGUGCAACCCAGAGCACCUGGGCUGCUCCCCAGCUGCUUCCAAGCCUUGGUGCUUGGAUGGGACCACUCUAGCACUGGCAAACUGUGUCUGUAUGUCCUCAUGCCAGGGUGGAACCUGCAGAAAGGAACCUGCCCCCAACCCAGAUGGGAACCGCUCCUUCACUGCCUUUGGGGGAGUCUAAAAUGCCUGGUGGGUUUCUGGGUAUUUUUAAAUGGUUACAACUGCAGCCCAACACACCCCAAGAGAAAUAAAGACCUUGG